UCAAACAUUAAUUCACAAAACAAAACAAGUGAAAAGCUAAGAGAGACUCCGAAAAACGUUUAUCUGAUACAACGUUGUUUUGUUGUAGAGAAAAAAUGGCGGGUGUUAGAAGAUUGGGCGUGGCCGUUGAUUUCUCACCAUGCAGCAUCAAAGCUCUCAGAUGGACGGUGGAUAACGUCGUCAAAGAAGGGGAUCACCUCAUUCUUAUCAUCGUUCGCCACCCUGAGAACUACGAGCAAGGCGAGAUGCAGCUCUGGGAAACUACUGGCUCACCUCUGAUACCUCUUGCCGAGUUCUCUGACCCCACGCUCAUGAAGAGAUAUGAAAUGGAACCUAAACCCGAAGUGAUUGAUAUUGUCUCAACCGCUGCGAGGCAAAAAAGUAUUGUGGCACUAAUGAAGAUCUAUUGGGGAGAUGCUCGUGAUAAGUUAUGUGAAGCAAUUGAUCACGUACCUCUAGAUUACCUUACCAUGGGGAACAGAGGCCUUGGCCCGCUCCAAAGGGUUAUAAUGGGAAGCGUCAGUAACUAUGUCGUGAAUAAUGCCACUUGUCCUGUCACUGUGGUGAAGACUUCAGACCAUUAGUUUUUAGUUUUCUAUUUUGAUGUAGGAAGAAAUUAACUUGUUGAUCUGAUGUGCAUGUUGAUGACUUUGGUAUGGUUAUUGCUUGCAAAGUCUGUAAUCUCUGAAUAACUUUUUGAGUAAAGGAUUAAUGAUGAAAUAACUUUCGGUCAAGUAGUAGGGUUGAGAUAAAAUAUAUAUAGUGUUAAG